AUGAAACUAAACUCAAACACAAAUAGAAUCAAUCAAAGCCAUUCAUCCCAUACCCCAUUGCAUGACGAGAGUAUCAUAGUCAAAACAGCUGAGAACAAGAAGAUAGUUCGUGAUGGUGUCACCAUUGAGACUAACUCCCCCUACGAAGUGGUAGAAGUCUACGACGAGGCAGUUGGCCACGUGCUGAGUGGUGGCCCAUUUGGACGAGGCGGAGCAGUGAGACCGACACCGGUGCAGUCAGUUGCGACACUUCCGAUCCAGCACGGCCACCACGUGAUAGCCCGUGCUCCAACUGGAAUGGGAAAGACACUCGCAUUUCUGUAUCCACUGUUGAUGCGAAUAAGCAAAGAGGAGCGAGGACGUGGAAUACGCGUCAUUGUCGUGGCACCAACGAGAGAGCUGGCUGAGCAGACGAGGGAGACAGCAGCCAGGCUGAGCAAGGGGCUGUCUGAGAAGAAUGGGGAAAAGAAGGGUAGAAACAAGUACUUGGAAUACAAAUUGAGGAAUAUCAACCCAUUUGCAUUUAACAGUGGUAGUAGUAAUAGUAAUAAUAAGGGUAGUAAUAAUAGUAACAAUAGUAAGGGUAGUAAUAAUUAUAAGGGUAGUAGCAAUGACAGUAGUAAGAAUGACAAUAACAAUAGUAAUAAUAUUGACAGGAAUAAGCCAAUCCAAGUCAGUGCCCUUUAUUCAUCUUGUAAGAGAUCUGAUCUAUCACGAACUGAUGUGCUUGUUGCCUGCCCAGGCAAACUGCUUGCUUUCCUGAGAAGUGGUCUCCUGCCAGUUGACAACCUCGCUGCCUUCGUCCUCGAUGAGGCAGAUCGACUGAUGGAAAUGGGGAUGUCCGAUGACGUACUGCGCAUCUGCGACGCCCUUGGAGUUGGCUCUCGACCAAUUCAGCUCCUUCUUUUCAGUGCCACCUACAGCAGUGCCAUUCAGCAGAUCCAUUCUCGCAUAUUCCCAGCUGAUCACGUCUACGUUGAGGUGGCCAAGGAGGUGGUGGAGACGAUCAGGCAGCAGUUCGUAUGCACCCGUGACAAGACAGGGGCACUGGUGAGGAUAAUGAGGGAGAACUGCCACUUUGAGACAGAUUGGAGCAGACUGAUUGAAACAGACAAGUGCCUGAUAUUCGUAGAGAGAAAGAGAGACUGUGGAAUACUAAAGGCAGAAUUAGAAAGAGGGGUGGUGAACAGGGGUAAUAUAGGUAAUAAUAUAGGUAAUAAUAAUAAGGGUAGUAAUAAUAAUAAUGACAGUAGUAAUAAUAAGGGUAGUAAUAAUGGUAAUAGUAAUAAGGGUAAUAAUAAUAACCUUCACAUUUCAGUUGAUACUCUCCAUGGUGAUAUGGAGCAGUUUAUGAGGGAGAUAGCACUGAGUAAGUUUAAGAAGGGUGCUACGAAUGUGCUGAUUGCCACGAGUGUGGCAGCAAGGGGAAUAGACGUGAAGGAUGUGACGAUGGUAGUCAACUACGACAUGCCAAGGGAGACCAAGGAGUACAUUCACAGGAUAGGACGAACAGGAAGAGAGGGAAAGAGGGGACUGGCAGUCAGUUUGUACAGGAGUGUGGAUGAGAUGGGAUUGGAGUACGUGAGGGGGAUACAGGAGAUACUGGAAGAGAGUGGAAAUGAGAGAGUGGCUGACUUCGAUGAGUACGUGAAAAGAGGGGGAAUAGAAACAAGGGGAGAAAGAAGGCAGAAGAACAGGAGGAGCACGAGAAAGGGAACAGGAAAAGUGGUAGAAGGAGCAACAAGGGCAGUAGAAGGAAAGAAGGGGGAAGAAGAAGGAAAGAAGGAGGAAGACUGUUUUGAGGAAAAGGAGGAUUCAGCAGGAGAUGUAGCAGAUGAAGAGUGGUAG